AACAUUAUCAUUAUCGAUGAACGAAAUCCACUUUUAAGUUCGUUCAUUGGAAGAAGAUAAGACUGAGUUUAGAGUCACUGAGAGAGAGAGAGAGAGAGAGAGAGAGGGAGAGACCAAGACGAUGGACCAGUUGAAGCCUCGGCCGGCAAAUUCCAGCCCGUUCACUCCCCUGGUGUUCCUGGACAGGGCGGAGACGGUCUACGGGGACUGCCCCUCCAUCGUCUACGGCAGGGCCACCUUCACCUGGUCGCAGACUCGCCGCCGCUGCUUGCGAGUCGCCUCCUCGAUCGCGUCUAUGGGGAUCAAGCGCGGCCAGGUGGUCUCCGUCGUUGCGCCCAACGUUCCCGCCAUGUACGAACUCCACUUUGCCGUCCCCAUGGCUGGCGCCGUACUCAACUGCAUCAACACCCGCCUCGACGCCCGAACCGCCGCCAUCCUCCUCCGACACAGCGAAUCGAGGCUCAUUUUUGUCGACUGCCAGUCCGCCUCUGUCGUCCUAGAAGCGCUCUCUCUGUUUCCGCCUGCCUCGGAGCGCCCGGCCCUUAUCCUCAUCACCGAUAACGAAGUUCCGGCCAGACCCACCGCCGAUUUCCACUGCACCUACGAGAGUUUCGUGGAGGGAGGCGAUCCGGGUUUCAUGUGGGUCCGGCCCGAGAGCGAGUGGGAUCCGAUGGUGCUGAAUUACACCUCCGGCACCACCGCGUCGCCGAAAGGCGUGGUUCACUGCCACCGGGGGAUUUUCAUAAUCACGCUCGAUUCCCUGAUCGACUGGUCGUUGCCGAAACAGCCGGUGUAUUUGUGGACUCUGCCCAUGUUCCACGCCAACGGCUGGAGCUUCCCGUGGGGAUUGGCCGCCGUCGGCGGAACCAACAUAUGCCUGCGGAAGUUCGACGCGGCGACGAUCUACGCCUCCAUCCGCCAACACGGCGUGACCCACAUGUGCGGCGCGCCCGUGGUCCUAAACAUGCUGUCCAAUUCCCCCGACGGCAAGCCGCUCGACCGGCCAGUCCAGAUUCUGACUGCCGGAGCACCUCCGCCGGCAGCCGUUCUCUUCCGGACGGAAAGUCUUGGUUUUGUAGUGAGCCACGGGUAUGGGUUGACCGAAACCGCCGGGCUUGUGGUGUCCUGCGCGUGGAAGCCACAGUGGAAUCGGUUGCCGGCGACGGAGCGGGCGAGGCUAAAGGCGAGACAAGGAGUGAAAACGUUCGGGAUGGCUGAAAUCGACGUCGUUGAGGCCGGCACCGGAGCGAGGGUAAAGCGAGACGGAUCGACGCUCGGAGAGGUGGUGCUGAGAGGCGGCUCCGUAAUGCUGGGCUACCUGAAAGACCCGGCCGGCACGUCGAAAUGCAUGACGGACGACGGCUGGUUCUACACUGGUGACGUCGGAGUGAUGCACCCAGAUGGGUACCUGGAGAUCAAGGACCGGUCCAAGGACGUGAUCAUAAGUGGCGGCGAGAACCUGAGCAGCGUGGAAGUGGAAUCGGUGCUGUACGGGCACCCAGCGGUGAACGAGGCGGCGGUGGUGGCGCGGCCGGACGAGUUCUGGGGGGAGACGCCGUGCGCGUUCGUGAGCCUGAAGGCUGAGGCCGGCGGGAAGAAGCCUACGGAGAAGGAGAUCAUAGACUUCUGCCGGGAUCGGAUUCCCCGUUACAUGGUGCCCAAGACGGUGAUCUUCAAGGAUGAGCUGCCGAAGACGUCGACUGGCAAGAUUCAGAAGUUUGUCCUUAAGAACGCUGCCAAAGGUUUGGGCUCCAUGAAAACUCGUUUGUAGUAGAAAAUAGCCGAACACUUGGCCCCUCUUAUCCCUUUCUGAUGCAAUCUGCUACAUCCGACAACGUCAUCUGUUGGGUCCAAAUAUUGUACACCCCCUCCCCACAAUAAGGUUAUUUCGUAAUUUAUGGCUUAUUUAACUUGCAAA